GCGGCCGGCGCGCCAUACGAACGACGACGGGUCGCGCACUACGAGUAGGGCGCUGGUCGGCUCCGAAACGCCGAACAGGAAGCGAACGGACGUGCAAAAGACUAAGUUAUUAGUAUUAAGUCAGAGAGCGAUCUAAUAUAUAUCUAUCAUUUUGUGUCCAUCGGUCCAAAAUCAAAGGAUUACAGUAGAAGAGAUCGAUAAUGUCUUCGGCCGUCGCGAAAACUUCUAAAUACACGUACCGUUCAACCGGCGGUGCAGGUUCUGCCGAUGUCAGCAUCGAAUACAGCGCCGACCUGAGCGCUCUCUCCAGACUCGAGGACAAAAUUCGUCUACUGCAGGAUGAUUUGGAGUCCGAGAGAGAGCUGCGUCAGAGGAUCGAACGCGAACGCGCUGAUUUAAGCGUGCAAGUCAUCCAGUUAUCCGAACGUCUCGAAGAGGCCGAGGGUGGUGCCGAAUCCCAGUUUGAAAUCAACAAGAAAAGGGACACGGAACUAGCCAAGUUACGCAAACUUUUGGAGGAUGUUCAUCUUGAGAGCGAAGAAACUGCUCAUCUUUUGCGAAAGAAACAUCAAGAGGUUGUCGUUGACUUCCAGGAUCAAAUCGAUCAACUUUCGAAAGCACGCGCCAGGGCUGACAAGGAAAAGUCGAAAUUCCAGCAGGAAGUAUACGAAUUACUUGCCCAGCUGGAUAAUGUCACGAAAGAGAAGUUGAUGUCUUUCAAGACAGUGGAGAAACUCGAAGUUCAUAUAUCGGAGUUGAACGUGAAAAUCGAGGAACUGAAUCGUACAAUCGUUGACAUCACUAGUCAUAAGACUCGCCUUUCACAGGAGAACAUCGAAUUGACGAAGGAAGUGCAGGAUUUAAAAGUAAACAUCGAAAACGUGACUUAUCUAAAGACCCAAAUCGUUGGACAACUCGAGGACUCUCGUCGCCGUCUCGAAGAUGAAGAACGCCGUCGUUCAUUGGUCGAAGCAUCUUUACACCAGGUCGAGGUGGAGUUGGAAUCUGUUCGAGUUCAAUUGGAAGAAGAAUCUGAAGCACGAUUGGACAUUGAACGUCAAUUGGUCAAAUCUAAUGGCGAAGUCUCUGUAUGGAGAUCGAAAUACGAGACUGAAGCUAGUGCUCGAGCAGAAGAGGUUGAAGAAUUACGUCGCAAGUAUGCUGCUCGUAUUCAAGAACAGGAAGAACAGAUCGAAACUCUACUCGUGAAAAUUAACAAUCUUGAGAAACAAAAAUCUCGCCUUCAAUCCGAAGUAGAAGUUCUCAUCAUCGAUCUCGAAAAGGCCAAUGGAACUGCUCGGGAAUUGCAAAAACGUGUCGAACAUUUGGAAAAGAUACAGAUCGAAUUGAAAUCACGUCUCGAUGAAACUGUGGCUAUGUACGAGCAGAGUCAACGCGAUUUCCGUAACAAGCAACAGGAAUUACAACGUACCAAUGCUGAACUCGACAAGACCCGCGAGAUCAAGGAGCAACUGAUUCGCGAAAACAAGAAACUGGGUGAUGAUCUCGGCGAUGCCAAGAAUCAGUUAGCUGACAUGAACCGUAGACUGCAUGAAUUGGAAUUGGAACUUCGUCGUUUAGAAAAUGAACGCGAAGAACUUGCUGCUGCUUAUAAGGAAGCUGAAGCAGGUCGCAAGAUCGAAGAACAACGUUCGCAAAGACUAUCAGCCGAGUUGAGCCAACUCCGUCACGAAUAUGAGCGUCGUAUUGCUGAGAAGGACGAAGAAAUCGAAAUUAUUCGCAAACAGACCAGCAUUGAAAUCGAGCAAUUGAAUGCUCGCGUCGUUGAAGCGGAAACGAAGCUGAAGACCGAGGUACAGCGAGUAAAGAAGAAGCUUCAGAUUCAUAUUACCGAGCUGGAACUUUCUCUCGACGUUGCCAACAAAAACAACAUCGAUUUGCAAAAGACAAUAAAGAAGCAGUCUCUAACCCUUACCGAACUCCAAGCCCAUUACGACGAAGUUCAGCGUCAAUUGCAAGUAACCUUGGAUCAGUUGGGCAUCAGCCAGAGACGUCUCCAGUCGUUGACGGCCGAGCUCGAGGAAGUUCGCGGCAAUUACGAAUCCGCCCUCCGCGCAAAGAGAACCGUCGAGCAGCAAUACGAAGAGUCGGUUAGCCGUAUUAACGAAUUGACAACUAUCAACGUGAACAUAGCUUCGUCCAAGGCUAAACUCGAGCAAGAAUUAACAACCUUGGCUGGCGAUUACGAAGAAGUUACCAAGGAGUUGCGAGUCAGCGACGAAAGAUAUCAACGUGUGCAGAACGAGUUGAAGCAUACCGUAGAAAUUCUUCACGAGGAACAAGAACGUAUUGUGAAGAUCGAGGCAAUCAAGAAGUCGCUUGAAAUUGAAGUGAAGAAUUUGUCGGUAAGAUUGGAGGAAGUCGAGGCUAACGCGAUCGUUGGUGGAAAACGUAUAAUCAGCAAGCUUGAAGCAAGGAUUCGCGAUCUGGAACUCGAAUUGGACGAAGAGAAACGUAGACACUCGGAAACUGUGAAGAUUUUGCGAAAGAAGGAACGAAAUAUCAAAGAAGUGAUGAUCCAAGUGGAAGAAGAUUCGAAGAACAUUGCUUUGUUGCAAGAAUCCUUGGACAAGGCGAAUCAAAAAGUGUGCAUCUAUAAGAGACAACUCCAAGAGCAAGAGGGCAUGUCCCAGCAAAGCGUGACCAGGGUCCGCCGAUUCCAAAGAGAACUUGAAGCAGCCGAGGAUCGUGCCGAUACCGCUGAAAGCAAUUUGACUUUGAUUCGUGCCAAACACCGCAGCUUCGUUACCACCUCGACCGUACCCGGUUCCCAGGUCUACCUUGUCCAGGAGACGAGGCAGGAGCUGUAAUAACUUUCUUACAAAGAUCACCGCCACCCUUAUUAUCAUUUCGAACGCCACGUCGUCCUCCUUUUAAACAGUCAUCAUUCUAAUCCUACGACGAUAAAACAGUAGCAGAAGCAACAACGGCAAAAGCAGCAGGACGAACAAUCAAAAGACGGGAGGACCGAAUGAGUUUUCAACGGGUACUUCUCCAAAGUGGUUGUAUCAUUAAAAAGCCAUCGUACACGAAAGUACGCGUUGCCUAUUAAUUAUAAAGGAACGACCCGUCGUAAAUUCAACCUACAUAUAAUAUAUAUAUAUAUAUAUAUAUUUAUAUUAUGUAUAUAUUAUAUGUACAUUAUAUAUAUAUAUAUAUAUUUAAUCCAACGAAAUUUCCACUUCCUCUCGUGAACGAAAAGAAUGAAAAAAAAAGAAAAAAGAAGAAAUACUGGACACUUUAAUCGAAGCAAAGCAAAUGAUCAAAAUAUGAGAACAAAUAGAUUUAAAGCAAAAUAAAAUAGCUUAUUCUGCAGGUACACAAAUAAAACGUUGUAAAGAAAAAUUGAGGAUAAAUAAACGGCAUUAAUUAUUAUUAUUCUUAUCCUAUCAAUGAUGUGGCUAUUAUUAAUCGCGUAAUGAAAAUAAACAUAAGAGAGAGUGAGAAAGCGAGACACGAUCGAGGUGCGCAUCGUGCCGCGCUAUUCGCGAUUAUCGCACAUGUAUUUAAAUGGAUAACGUUAAUUCUAUGCUAUUAUUACACAUAUAGGUAUUAUUGUCCGUACACACAAAUCUCGCUAUACGACAUACACAAUAACCUGUGUCAAUAUUAAUUUAAUAAAUAAAUUCAAAGUCGUAA